GGGCAAAUAUACAAUGUGUACAGAAAAGCUAAAGUAUUUAUCGAAAUCCUGAGUAAAUAUACAGCUGUCGAUUAAACGACAUUGCCUUUUACCCGGUGUGCGCAGUAUCAACGCUGGUUGACGAAGUCUACACAUGUACCCCGGCCGGACCUUUACUUAGUUACUGUAAAUAAUACUCUCAGACGAGGGGGUUUUAACGAGUUGUAAACACUAACAACUUAUUCUUGAAAAUGGAUUAACUUUCCCCACAGAUUUGUAACAUUAGAGGUAGUGACAGACACAACAUGGCUGUGACGUUGACUUAUCGAGAUUAUCACAACCAAGCCUUCAGCAAGUUUGAGCUGAAGAUGAUGGAACUGGAUGGUCUGAAGAAUGAAGCCAAUAGACAUGUCGGCCGCCUGAACUCGCUCAAAAUGCGCUACAUGGACUGGUUUUACCGGAGUCAGCAGUCUUUCCUAGACUCGAUCAAACUGAUUCACAUUUUGGGAGGAGACCUGUUACCACACGAGAUCAAUAGCAUCCGAAACUUCAAAAAACUCAUGAGAUUCUCUGGCCAGUUGCCAAGCAACGGAACACCGCGCGAUGGGAGUAAAGGGAAAAUGAUUGGCUUCCUACUUUUCUGGGAAGAAUUGCAAAUGCUGAAACGCGAAAAUGACACGUUGCACAGGAAGAUCUGUGAUUUUUGUAACAGUAUUCGUAGAUUAAGAGAACCUGUAUUGAAGGAAGAAAUUGACCGUCUGCAUCAGCGGUUGAACCUGUUUCUGUCUGAAGACUUUGAUUUCACCGUUAUAUCCAACGAUCGACAGAACCUCUUCACUUACCGUGUUGCCUUACAUGACCACAGGUACCACGGGCUCGUGUCCUACAUCCCGUUCCUGCUCAGUAUUGCCAAUAAAUUAUGCUACUGGAUCUCUAAACUUCACAUAGAAUGUUUGUAGAACAGGUACUCAAGACAGCAAAGUGCCAAACCUAGA